UUGACUGGGCACACUUUAUUGCAGGGCGUGGAGAGACCUUCAGAUAUGCCUUCAAUAGGACUCAUCAUCCAUUAUCCAGCAUAUCAGACAUCAGCUGGUGCCAUUGGUUAUCCAGAUUCAUCAGCAUGGAUGAACUCUGGAGUAGUUCAGCAGAGGGGCAGUCCUAUGUUGACACAGUUUUUUGGGGGAUCAACUGUUUGUUCCUCGUUUCAAAGUUCUCAAGCACUAGAUACGACACAUUGCACUCAGGCACAGAGUUUUGAGAACAAACAAUAGUCUGCGAUUUGAUACUGUUGAGCCUAGGUGAUUGAAAAUGGCAUGACAGAGUGCAUGGAGCUGGUUGCUGUGCCUCUUUGGGAUUCCUGCAGGCUUAUCCUCACCAAGGACAUCGAUGCUUCUGACCCUUUGCCUCCAUGUUGGGCCUCAUCAAGAACAAUUGUUGCAGGAUGGGUAUGCUGUGGAACAGUGGCUUCAGAUUGCUGAUUUACGUAGUUGAGCUGGCAGCCAUGAUGGUUAUCCCUCAUACUGUUGCAUAUGUGAUAAUUGAAGGGAUGGAGUACUUGAGGUUUGAACAGGAAGAACAGAAGCAUCUGAUUUGCUUCAUGCGACAGUUUGGAACCUUAAAUACAUUUAUAUAUACACACACACAUUGCUCCAUCCACUCCAAGUUGCGUGUCUCUGUCUCAUCUAUGGCAGCAUUGCCAGGGGCCUCAAUGCUGAAGCUGUACUAUGGGAAGCCCAUGCUACCAGAUGUGUCCAGGGUGCUUGCAUGCCUCUACGAGAAGGACGUCAAGUUCGAGCUCAUCGACAUGUAUGAAGGCCAGCACAUGCCUUAUGAAUUCCUCAGCCUUCAGGCCUUUACAAGAGCACCUGUCACUGUGGUGGAAGAUGGAAGCACUUUCACACUAGAAUCCAGAGCAUUAUGCCGCUACAUCUCUGAGAAGUAUGCUGACCGCGGGAACAGUCAUCUCCUGGGAAGAGACAUCCUUGAGAGAGCCUCCAUCGAGCAAUGGCUGAAGCUGGAGGAACACAACUUCCAUCCUCCAAGCUGGGAACUCGUCUUCCACCUUGCAUUUGCUACUCCCAUGGUGGAUCCUGACCCGGAUCUGAUCACCAGGAGCGAGCGGAGGCUGGCGAGCGUUCUCGACGUGUACGACCAACAGCUGAGCGAGAAUGAGUUCCUGGCCGGUGACAAGUUCACUCUCGCUGACCUCUCCCACCUCCCCAACUCACACUACCUCGCCACUUCCCGACAGUGGCGCCAUCUAUUCGAUGUGAGGAAGAACGUGCGAAGGUGGUGGGAGUCGAUCUCAAAGCGGCGUUCGUGGACCAACGUGGUUGAGAUACUGACCGAGGUUGAAGUCUUGAAGGAGCAGAUCACCGCAGGAGAAGAAAACACCACCACUCUUCACCUUCUGCCUUUUACGUCUCAUCGAACCCCACCUUCCACGACUGGCUACGUUCUACCAGCUCAAGUAACUCGGUCGAUCGAAGUGGUUCCUUAUUCGCCACCUCAGUCCCAACCUGAAUCUACUCCAUCUCCCCCUCAAACAACACCUCAAGCUUCAGUUGGUGGAACGACUCCAACACCAGCAGAUGCUUCCCAGUCUUCACAACAAAAUUUGAAGACUUCCAAAGAAGAUGCGAGUUCUUCUUCGUACAUGGUCUCGACGCCAGAUCAAACUACUGUUGAUGAGAAGUCAACUACGCAAGAAUCAAAUCUUUCCCGUAUUAAGAGCCCUCAACCUAGUCAGGAGAUCACAUCAUCAGCAAGUGCUCCAUUAGCUACGUCUACUACAGAGACUUCGAAGGGAUCUGCUCCUUCUGUAUCUGACAGCGGAAGAUCAACGCCAGUGGAUGAUUCAAUGCCUCGGCAGCAAUCGUCUCCUACCACUUCUGAAGCUUCCAACUUGAGGACUGCUGAAGGAGUUGCUCCUUCGAUGUCCAGUGGACCAACUCCAACAGCAGCGGAUGCUUCCCAGACUUCACAACGAUCUCCUGGUCGUGUCGAUCAGGCCACCAUUUCGAGCACUCAACCAAAUCACGUUGGAUCGGUGAAUACUCCAUCAUCAGCUACUUCGUCUGUCCAAGCUUAUAUUGGACAAACUUCAAUGGGACCAACCCCUCCUCUAACCCAAAACACAACUCCUGUAAAGCCUUCAUCACAACCAAAUCAAGUAGAAUCGGUGACUACAAAUGUGGAUACUCCAUUAGCUACAUCUACCCAACCUUCUAUUGGACAAACUAUAGAAAUUUCAAAAGGACCAACUCCUUUAACCCAAACAACAACUCCAACAUCAGCAGAUAAGCCUUUAUCACAGCCAAACCAGGUUGAUGCAAUACCGACAUCUCUUACCCAGGCAUCUAUAGAAAUUUCAAAAGGAUCAACCCCUCCAUUCCAAAGCACAACUCCAACACAAGUAGAGACUUCAAAGCCUUCUUCACAACCAAAUCAAGUUGAAGCAGUAACUACAUCUCCUACCCAGGCUUCUAUUGGACAAGCUUCAGAAGUUUCAAAAGGAUCAACCCCUCUGUCCAAAAGCACAACUCCAACACCAGCAGAUACUUCGAAGCCUUCAUCACAACCCAAUCAGGAUGAAGCAGUAACUACAUCUACGACCCAAGCUUCUAUUGGACAAGCUUCAGAAGUUUCAAAAGGAUCAACCCCUACAUCUCCUACCCAGGCUUCUAUUGGACAAACUAUAGAAAUUUCAAAAGGAUCAACCCCUCUAUCCCAAAGCACAACUACAACACCAACAGAUGCUUCAAAGCCUUCAUCGCAACCAAAUCAGGUUGAAGCAAUAACUACAUCUCCUUCCCAGGCUUCUAUUGGACGAGCUCCACCUAAAGAAGAAUCCAAUAAAGAUCAAACCAGCAAUCAAGCUACACUUGACAUAAAGUCUGCUGCACAAGAACCUUUUACAGGACUGACGUCUACUAGGAAGACUUCCAACGAAUCUGCUUCUCCAUCCAGCAGAACUACACCAUCUGCAGAUGUUUCUUCUAACCCUACAACACAACCACCUACCCUCAAUCUUGCCACCAAUCAAGCAACUCAAACUAAUACAGAUGUACCCACUUCAGGGAUUUCCAAAGCACCAGCUUCUCCUGAUGCUUCCAUGCCUUGGCCACAGCUACCGCCAGCCAAUCAAGCAACAGGAACCACUGUUGAUGACAAGUCUACUACUCAAGAAGAAAAAGCUAACACACCAAGCACCCAACCAAAACCGGCUACAUCAACAGGUGCUCAACAAUCUACUCCUGACAAGGCCCAGCAAGAUCCUCAAAUAGUCGCAACAGAGGCAUUUCGACAAGCAGAUAGUCCUCAAACAGUUUCUUCUACCCCAUCGAAAGGUGAACAAGCUUCAACUCGAACACCUCAACAAGAACAGCAUGACUCAUCAACUAGUCAACAAGUACCUAAAAAUACUCAGUCAGCCCAACAAGAAGACACAAAAGACCAGCCAAUAAUUAGUCAACCAGAAUCAAACACUCCUACUGUUUCUGGAUCAAUUGAUUCUACAAAACCACAAACAGAUUCUACCAGUGGAUCAGAAAAGAAGUCAAGUUCUACUCAGUAGAUGCUAAUGAUUCCAAGUCCACAAGCAUGUGCUGUUAAAUAAAUCCAAGAACACCUACAGUUUAUUAUUAUCAUAAGCUCUGUAUCAUUAGUUUGUUAUACUGUAGAUUUCAGCAGCUUCUCUCGAUCAGAGAUCUACCAUGUAUUGAGUACCAAUCUAUUGAACAAAGCAUAAUGCUUAGGGU